GGCUCCUCGGCUCCGCGGCGCCCUCGCCGGGUGCGUGCCGCUCGCGCGCCCGCCGCCAGGCUCCCCGCGCCCGCCGCCCGCGCCCGCCGGCGCCCGGCCCGCCGCCCGCGCUCCAUGGCGGCUCCGGAGUGGGACUGGUUCCAGCGCGAGGAGCUCAUCGGGCAGAUCAGCGACAUCCGCGUCCAGAACCUGCAGGAGGAGAGGGAAAAUGUGCAGAAAAGGACCUUCACUCGGUGGAUAAACCUCCAUCUGGAGAAGUGCGACCCUCCUCUGGAAGUUAAAGAUUUAUUCAUUGACAUACAAGACGGCAGAAUCCUAAUGGCGCUGUUAGAAGUCCUGUCUGGGCGAAACCUGCUCCACGAGUACAAAUCCUCGUCCCACCGCAUCUUUCGGUUGAACAACAUAGCGAAAGCACUUAAGUUUUUGGAAGACAGCAACGUAAAACUGGUUAGCAUCGACGCGGCAGAAAUAGCGGACGGCAACCCCUCUUUGGUUCUUGGGCUGAUAUGGAACAUAAUCCUCUUCUUCCAGAUUAAGGAGCUCACGGGCAACCUCAGCAGAAGCUCGCCACCGUCCAGCCUGUCGCCAGGCUCCGGGGGCACAGACUCCGACUCCUCGUUCCCACCCACGCCCACGGCCGAGAGGAGCGCGGCGCUGUCCGUGAAAGACCAGAGGAAGGCCAUCAGGGCCCUGCUGGCGUGGGUGCAGCGGAAAACGCGCAAGUACGGCGUGGCGGUGCAGGACUUCGCGGGCAGCUGGAGGAGUGGGCUGGCGUUCCUGGCUGUGAUCAAGGCCAUCGACCCCAGCCUGGUGGACAUGAAGGCGGCCCUGGAGGACUCCAUGCCGGAGAAUCUGGAGAAGGCUUUCCGCAUCGCGCACGACGCCCUCCACAUCCCCAGGCUCCUGGAGCCGGAAGACAUCAUGGUUGACACGCCGGACGAGCAGUCUAUCGUGACUUACGUGGCACAGUUUCUAGAACAUUUCCCGGAGCUGGAAGCCGAGGAUUUUGUGGAUCCAGAUAAAGGCGCCCCGAUCGAGUCCACCUUCGUCCGCAUUAAAGAAACGCCCUCGGAGCAGGAGAGCACCGUCUUCUAUGUGACUGACGACGGGGAGCGGGCCUACACCGUCAACCACGACACCAGCCACCCGCCCCCCUCCAAGGUCUUCGUCUGCGACAAGCCCGCGCGCGGGAAGGACUCCCGCCCGGGUGGCGCUUCUGGCCCCACUCCGGCAAACAGCCCCGCCGAGGUCACCCAGCAGGGCACGGACUGGGACACUCUCGGGGCCGCCGGCAGGACCUGCAGCCUCAGCGAGCCGCCUCCAGAAUCUUCCAUCUUAUCCAGAAAGGACAACCAGAGGUCCAGCUCCCUGCCGGUCAAGAAAACGGUGCACUUUGAGGCGGACGUCUACAAGGACGCCUCCUGCAGCAAGGACCCCGUCCACGGCCAAGACUUCGGCUUCGAAGGCGGCCCGCGGGGGGCCAAGGACGUGUGGAAGCAGGAUGGGCACGGCCCGGAGGCCGCCCAGGAAAGGCCGGAGGCAGCCCCGGACCAGGCCCCGGGCGAUGAUUGCCCGGCGGACAGUCAGACCGGCCCUUCUCAGACUCCCCAGGGCUCUGCCCCCCGGAACAGGGCCUCGGAGCGGCCGGCCAGCCCGGGCGAGGAGGGCUGCCCCCGGGCGCGCCUCGGAGAGGAGACCCUGUUGGCCGACUCCUCGGAGAUCAAGGUGACGCUGCAGACCGGAGAGGCCACGGACGAGGUAGACGAUUUCGAAGGCAUACCCCUGAAAGCCUCUAAAUUUAACAGCGACCUCGUCGAUUUUGCCUCCACCAGCCAGGCUUUCGGCGAGGACCCCCCGCCCGCGGAGGACGGGCCCGCGGAGGCGGAGGCUGCGGAGGACGGGAGAAGCACGUCCGCCCCCAGGAUGGAAGGUGCGGACGAGCCCCCGGGGCAGCCCGGACACGAAGACCACAGCCGUGUGGUGGCCCCAGAGGAGGAGCCGGGGGGCAGGAAGCCAGAGGUGUACGAAAAGGCGAAGCGCAAGUCCCCGCGGCCCCCGCGCGGGGAGGAGGAGGCGGAGGCCGAGGACCCCCCCGCGUUUGAGGGGGACUUGCCCUCCAACCCGCCCAGCAGCCAAGUGAGCCUGGAGACCCUGGGCAGCCACAGCGAGGAAGGCCUGGACUUCAGGCCCUCCCCGCCCCUCUCCAAGGUCUCCGUCAUCCCACACGACCUCUUCUACUACCCGCACUACGAGGUGCCCCUGGCCGCCGUCCUGGAGGCGUACGCGGAAGGCCAGGAGGAUUUCAAAGCCGAAGACGCGGACUUUGUAGACCCGGAGGACUACCUGUCUGACCUGGAGCAAAGGGAGGACGAGGACGAGCCCGAGGCCUCCGAGAGCAGCGGCAGCUUCGGGGGCCUGGGCGAGGACCUCCCCCGGCCCCCCACCCAGGAGCCCGACGGGGACCAGGGGGCACAGGGGGCCAAGCCAGCCUCGGGCCCUCCCCCCGCCCUGGCCCCAGAGGACCACCAGCAGAGGGAGGCCACAGCCCGCGCCCCUGCGGCCAGCCAGCAGUCCCAGGAAUCCCCAAACUCAGAAAACGUAAGAAACGCUUUAGAAGAAAAAGUGAUGGAAGAAUCGGUCAGCAGCAAAAAAAAGGAAAAAAAGAAGCAUGUGGAUGACGUAGAAAGUUCAAUAUUGCUCACCCCCGGGGCUGUGCGGUCCUCCGACGACCUGGACGAAGACCCUGGUUUCCACAGAGUCCCUUCCAGGACUAGCCACAGCGACUCCAGCAUUUACAUUCGACGACAUACUAACAGGUCUUUGGAAUCGGAUCACUCUAGCUAUGUUCAGUUGAGGAAUGCAGCCGAUCUGGAUGACAGAAGAAACCGAAUGUUAACCAGGAAUGCCAACCACUCGGGCGAAGCCUCGCGGCGGGAGAGCCGGGGCCCGCACAGCGACUCCCUGACGCAGUUCGUCCAGCAGCCGGACAUGAUGUACUUCAUCCUCUUCCUCUGGCUGCUGGUGUACUGCCUGCUGCUCUUCCCCCAGCUCGACGUCAACAGGCUCUGAGCGCGUCCGCGCAAUAAAGAGACCGGACCGGCCGCGGGAGUGCCUUCUCUCUCACUGUCUCCGGGCCCUGGACAGGGCACCUCUGCACACAGCUGAGGGUCUCCCAGCAAAUGUGGACGCCUCGCUGUUUUUUCUUCACGAUUCCUUUUCCUCCUGGGCGUCCUGAGCGUGCGUUCUCUCAGGCCGCGUCCUCGGCCUCCGGGGGUGCGGGCCCCCGUGGGCUCUGUGCUGCGUGCCUUGCUUUGUCAGCAUCUAGCCAGCGCCCGGGCUCAGCCCGUCCCACGCGCGGUCCUCAAGGUCCUGGGUGGCCUCGGGUUCCUCUCCCCUCCCGGUGAGAAAGGGGGUGGAGGCCCCAGGCAGAGCCGCCUCUGGGCCAAGCGGGCGUGGGAGCAAAGGGGCCUGGUGUCCGGGCACCUGUGUGGUCUGGCGGUUGGGGGGACAUCCGAGGGAGACACGCAGCUGCCACCCCCAGGAAGGCAUCUGCGAAAAGCGGAAUCCAAACAGGGAAGCGGCCGCUGUACGUGAGCUGCGGGGCGCUGGCGCUGUUUCGCCCGCGGUGUCUGUUUUGAGCGGGAGGGGUGCGUUUUAAUUCACUUCUGCCUUGAUUGAUUUGGGGUAGAGCUGGAUCUUCAGAUCUUUUCCACCAACGGAACCCUCCUUUCAAAUGAACUCUUGGGACGGAGGGUGGGCAGUCUAGGUGAUCUAUAAAAGCAGAGUUCUGGCUGACGCGGGGCGGGCCUGGGACCCCUCCCACUUUGCCCAGGCAGCCCCCUGGCUUCCGUGGGGGGCUCCUGAGGGGUCUGUGCUAACCCCCAAGGCUCCACCUGGCACUGCAGCUGCCCUAGCAAAAGCCGAAGGACGACUACAGAAGAGGCUGGGCCAGGAACCAGCUCCGGCUGAUGGUGCAGCUGGACAUGGUCCAGCAGGUUCCUGGCGCUCCUGCCUGGGCGUGCGGUCUCGGCUCGGGCAUCCUUUGUGGUCCUUCGCAACGGUUUCCUGAAAAGGCAGGCGGUUUGGGAGAGGAGAGGGCACCCAGCCGCCCUCCCCCCCUCCGGCUGGGCUCCCUCUGCGCCUGCUUCCUGCAGAGAUGCAGGUCCCGGGGCCGUGUGGCUUCCUCCCCGGAGAGCAUAAGUCAGGUGACACUUGUCAGCCACAAGCGGUCAGGCCAGGAGGGACCCUCAGACAGCACCUGGUCCAGCUGAACCCCGAGAGGCAGAGGGGAUUGGCCAAAGUCGCCCACCUCCCCAGGAGCAGACUUGCCAGCACCCCAGGCCACCCAGCGCCCAGCCCAGAGUCACCCCUUUUAGGGAAUUCCCAUUGUGCCCGUGAAUGUCCUGAAGAAAAAAAAGAGAAAAUGGUUAGAUAAGAAUGACCUUCUUGGAAGCAAAACCAGGAUUUUUAGGCCAACUCUCAGCCUCUGUUUCGUUCUCGGAUGUUCCCACGAAGAGUUUCUAUUCACUCUCAAGCCCGUCCCCGCUGCCUGCUGGGGAUCCUUGGCUGCUGACAGACCAGCCUUGCUCUCACUCCAGGAACCACGUGUAGCCCUCGCAAAGCCAAGGACUCGUGUACGUCAGGCAGUGAGGUUCAAGUUGACAGAACCCCAGCGUGGCCAAAAGGACUCGCAUGGCCCAUCUGCGUGGGCAGCGGAGUCCGGCCCCUACCCCGCUCUGAUUCGAGCCUGCCUUCUCCCCGAGAACCGCCCGAGCCUUCUCCGCUGAAAGCUGCGGGAGCCUGGAGCGAUUCCAUCCUGCAGGCCGCGUGUCCGUGGAAAGUGAGCUAAUUAGCGCCCGGCAUCCGCGCAGGCUCAGCGGCACAGACACUAAAGAUGACGCCGGGGGUGUUUUCCAACCCCGAGCGCCACGCGUGCUCGCCUCGCUUAGGCGCUCGGACGCCGGGGAAGGGCCGACCCAACGUCCAACCAUUUCAUUUCAUUCUAGACCUCAUUCAGAAAACCCCCCGCAGGCUGCACCUCUCACCCGUUACAACUUGUAAUAUUGUUUAAAGCCGUCCACUGGCCAGAUGCCGAAGAGUCAUUUGGUUCAGGUUGGCAGCAAACUGCAUUCUUUUUUUAAGGAAAGAACAUUUCUCAUUUGAGUAAAGGCUCGCAGGGAAGAAGCGGAUACAAAAGGUGGACAGAGAAGCCUGCAGGACAAACCACCCCGGGGGUUUCAAUUUUAAAAAACAAUUUAUUUUAGACUCUUAUCCAAGGAAUACAUGUUCGUAGUUUAAAAAGAAAAGGCUAUGAGGCUCUUAAUGAAAACCAGGACCUCCCCCCCCCCCCCCCCGUCUUGCUCUCUAGAAGUAACGCUUUCCACGCUGAUGCUAGCUUUUGCGUCUCUACGGAGCAUGCUCAUGCUUCUGUUGUUUAAUUAAUUUAGAAGCAUCACUUUAUGGCAUCACGAGGCUCGCUCUGCUUCGCCAGGGCAGUUGGAUCGCACUGUUUGGUGCAUCGCUGUUCGGCGUGGCUGUAUAAGGACUGUUUUUGCCCCUGAAUCACUUGGUGUGCACUAUGCUUACGUAUUCUCUCCUGUCACAUUUAGUGUUGAUUUGAUUUUUUUUUUCUUUUUUUGAUGUGGAGCAUUCAUAUAUAUAUAUGAUGAGAGAGAAUCAUGGAUCGGCUGCCUCCUGCACGCCCCCCACUGGGCAUCGAGCCCACAACCCAGGCCUGUGCCCUGACCUGGAAUCGAACUGUGACCUCCUGGUUCAUAGGUCGAUGCUCUACCACCGAGCCACGCCGGCCGGGCUGACACAUUCUUUAAUAACUUCUCAAGAAAAGGAACAUGGGAAGUAACUAUUGUAAAAUUUUGGGAUUUUGGCAUAACUUAAAAUAUCUUCGUUCUGCCUUUUCCCAGGUGUGGCUGGGUACAGAAUUUCAGGUGGAAAAUAACGCCCCCACCCCACCCCCACCCCCACCCCCACCACCCUGCCCCGUGGUCUGCCUGUGGCUCUGCGGCUGGAAUGCGGUCAUAGGAAGUCUCGGUCAAGCUCAGGUUUUCUCGAACAUCCAGGACGACUCCAGAAACCCUGCCAGAGUUCAGAGACGGGGCCCUCUCCUCUCUGCUGGGAGGCCUCCCUCGGGCCUCUGCCCAGUGACCCGCCUGUGGUCAGCUUCACCACCCAAGUCUGAAGAGGACAGAAGGAGGUGGGAGCCUCCAUCACCCCCUCCCAAUGGUGGUCCCACCCACACCUUAAUCCUCCUGUGCUCACAGGAAAAUGACUGCGGAGGCGCCCCUUUCAGGUUUCAGCCGAUGGCUGCAAAUUCGCAACCAGAUGCCUCAAAGGGGCCCUAAGUAGUAAAACCUCAGUGUUUGACAUCGAAGACUUCAGUGACUUCAGUUAACUGCAACUCGUCCCCGCCCCUGCUCAUCGCUUCUCCACCACUAGCAGGUGCUUCUCAGAGUAGGAAGGUGGGCUCUC